GACGCAUAUGGAAAGUUCUUGCUUGUUUAGCGAAAGAGUUUUUCCGCCAUCAUGUCGUACAUUGUGGAGAGAUUUGAAGAAAAAGCUAAGUUUAUAAACGAAAGCGAAGCCGAAUUGAUUCGAGAGAAACUCGAAAUCCUCGUAAGAAACAUCGUAACCCAGGUGGAAAAGCACGACAGCCGAUUUCAGAGUACAUUGGUCAAAAGCGGAAGCGUUUACGAAGGAACCAAAGUUCGUGAGCCAAAUGAGUUUGACUUCAUGAUUCAAAUGGAUUCUCUUACGAACACGCCAUUACUUUGUCCCUGUGACAAAGGCGAUGGAUAUGCGAAGCUCUCCCUCGAAAGCCGUGAAUGGGAAGACUUUAAAGAUGCCGAUGGCUUUUUCAGUCCAAAUCUGCUGUCCCGCUUCUUCAAGAAGCUUGUGAAUAAAUCGCUUGACGAUAUCAAAGUACCUGAAGGUUUGGCCGUACUACGAACGAGACCAUCAUUAUUUAAAGAAACGUGGUGGCCUGUGUAUGCAGAUCUGCUCGGAGAAAGUGGUGAAGAAAGCCAAUCUGGUGCUAUGUACUCGGAAAAUCAUGGUCCAGCUACAACACUUUAUAUACGGUGGCAAGGAGGAAGUAGUUAUAAGGAUUUAACGAUGAGUGUUGAUCUAACACUGUCCAUAGAUUACCCCAUAUCCAAACUCCUUGUUCCGCUGGCAGAAAUCCCUUUGGCCGAGGCGAAUAGCAUUCUUCAGAGGUGCGGAUUUCACGUCGUUCCCGCGGGACUUGACAGUUGGCGCAUUUCGUUUUCUGUGGUCGAGAAAGAAGUUCUGGCAUCUUCUUCUGACGGCUUCCAAACGUGCUACCGAAUACUGAAAAUCGUGAGAGAUGUUGUGUGUGAGAAUCUUGGAUGGGAUGCAUCUCUGGUUCCGUCGUACGUGUUCAAGACAGUUCUUCUUUCUCAGCUGUUCACGAAUGGUCAUCCCUGGGAGAAGGAUCGUCGCUCCCAAACGAUAAUCGAACAUUUGGAUCACGUUAUACAAGGUGUGAAAGCGGAAAAGAUUCAGAGUUGCUUUCUGAGGAGGUACAACCUGCUUUCUCCAUCCGAUCACGAGAACAAGCUGCGCCAGUGUGUCUUGGAGGAAAUGCUGCGUGUGAUGAGAGGAAUAGAAAUGGCCUUUUCUAGGGAAGAAGCUAGAGAAAGAAAACUGCAGAUAAGGGUCUUGGAAAUGGUUGAUGUCCUCGACUACAUGAUCUCGUCUUUUCUUCGUGGAAAGAAUCUUUCUGUUGUCUGGAAUAAAGUGUUUGUCAACAUCAACAACGUCCCAAACGCUAGAAAGCAUGGUUGGUUCACGAAUGAGCUUACCGACCUUAACUGCACAGAGCUUAGUGAGAAAGCUUAUUUCAAGUUGAUUCAGAUAUGGAAUUUCACAGAAGAUUUCUUCAGGAAAUUAUUAAUCUCACUUAAAGGGGAACUGAACUUAUUGGCUCAGAAGUUUAAGAUCUUGCUUUUUAUGAAGAAAGAGAACUUCGAGCGUCAACAUAUGCGUCUAAAAGAAAAUGAAGUUGAAAAAGUGUCCCUCCAUCAAUUUGCCUUGGAGUUUAUAGAUGAUAGUUUUGUUGACUGUUACGUCGAGGACGAAAACUCAACUUUGCCAAACCUUCAUAAAGCAAUCCGUCCUGAAUUUAAAUCAUCAGGUUUCUUCCAGGGUGUUGCUGAAGUGGCAACGAGAGAGGGCAGUAGCAGAGGCCUUGCUCAGCUGAAACAGCAGUUAGAGCAGUACCUUUUCAUGGUCCCUGAGGAGUACCUCAUGGACGGCAUUGUCGACUAUGUCAGGCACAUAAUUGUUCAUGCCAAAGAAGUAUUGAAACUUAAACUUGAGCAUGUCUCAAUUCCAGAGUUGGAUCUAGAUUAGGCACAUUGAACUUUAAUAUAUUUUGCUUUGACUUGGUUACUGAAAAUCUAAUUUUACUGUAUAUCGUUGGGUAUAAAUAUCAAGAUAUUACAAUAACUACGAUAAAUAAGACGAUUCACCAUCCAUGUUUUAGAGCUGAUAAAGGCAUAGCAAGGCACGUCGACGCAAGCAGCGUUCUCUGUACUCUUAUCGACUAGAGCAAAUUGGCCAAUCAGUUUGCGACAUUACUGCCAAUUGUGGUCAAAACAUAUUGCCUACUAUAGAGAAUUUGAAGCAAUACUAUAUUUGCAAAGUAAAAAUAUGUUUCAACGGUAAAAAACAAACGUUUGAACUUAAGCGAACUUUAUGGAUAUAGAAUAUUUAUUUUCAACAACUUGUCCAAAAGCUGUGUGGUUUUCCUGUGAUAAAGAAAUGCUUUAUUGUUUAUUUUUCCCCUUUUACUGUAUUUACGGAAUCUCCCUACCAGUGUGUGUCGGUAAUUAAUUAUCUCAGUUGUAAAUAUUCGCAUGAAUUAAGAACUGAAUUGACUUCA